AUGGCAAAAGAAAAAAACAGCGGAAAGCCAAAGAAUGAGGUGAAAGUGGUGGUCGUCGGGGAUACUGCCGUGGGAAAAACAAGCCUCCUUUCAGUGUUGAUGGGUGGUACGCCAUUUCAACAGACGAUCGAUCAAGGAACCCUUGAACCCUUCGAUUCUCUUUUGAGUCCAGAGAAUGUUAAAGGUAUUAAGGAGUUGGAAGGCAAAAAGCUACCUAAAGAUCUUUACAUCCGAUAUUAUGACACAAGGGGGAGUAGGGAUUUCGACAACAUUAGAUGGCUAGCUUAUCCUCAAGCGAAUCUAUUCCUCAUUUGUUGCUCAUUAUCAUCAAAAGAGAGUAUUGAAAACGUAGAGAAUAGAUGGUUUGAAACCAUUCGAUACAAAUACAAGAUGAUACCGUUUGCCUCAUUCAUUGUUGUGGGGUUACAGUCGGAUGUUGCUGAUGCAGAAAAAAACGCCAGAAAGGUCUUUCAAACUGUAACUUACUCACCAGGUUAUGGUGGGUUUGUCGAGUGCAGCAGUUUCACACAACAAGGCUUGAUGGAACUGAAAGAACUCAUUAUUAAGACUGGUGUGCAAAACCUGCUUGAGAGGAACAAAAAAGAAGGAUGUUGUUUAGUGCAAUAA